AUGGCAGAGAAGCGAGCAAACGCGGAUAUCGAGGAUAUCCUGAGCGUUCAUCAAAGAGAAACAAAAACUACCGAGUGGGCCCGAUUUUUGCCCUUGAUUCAAUAUCGUAAAAACAUCAGAUAUCAUUCCGCGAUUACUAAGGAAGAAGUUUUGUCAGACGACGACGAAAUCCAGCAAACAAGUGCCUACGAGGAGGAGAAAACGCUUCAGGAAGAUAAUUCUACUCGUUACGCCGAUCUACGACCUGUAAGCUUCAUGGACUCAAUUGAGAGUGGUGUUGAGAAAUUUCCUGAAUUCGCAAAUCAGAGGAAUAAUGACGCCGACUUUCAACUUGGGAUUGUUGGUCAAAUGCUUGGUGUUCAAAAAGAUGAGGAGCAAGCGGAAAUCGAUUGUCUACACGAUUCGAUUAUGAUGGAAAGACAUGGAGCCCAUUCUGCUCAGGAGAAUCAGGCACGAAAGAUGCUUCACGCCAGUGAACAAAGAUUUGCACCAAUUGAUGUUGGACAAAAUGUUUUGAUGCCAAUUCCUUUCGUUACAGCUGUAACUGAUGGUUUUUACUCGAUCGGGACACAAAACAUUGGGCAAACAUUCACUAGGAAUCAACUGGCUCCAUGUGGAGCUGAAUUCUUCUCGAUCAAUUCAAUUCCGGACGGGGAGACAUCGUUGAGAACUGCUGUUGGGGCAGCAUCGAUCUCUGGGAGCCAAGGUCGCGCUCAUUGCUUGUGGCUGAGCGGAU